CACUCGCCCGCGCCGCCCUCUCCUGCUCUCGCCGACUGCGCCGAUCAUCAUCAUGAAGCUGUUUGUUUGCCUUGCCGUCCUUGUUGCGGCUUGCGCUGCUCAGGAGGCUCGUCUCCUGGUGGCCAAGGAGGUGGUCAACACCCGCGCCGUCGUCGGUCGCGACCUGACCAUCCGCUACAGCCUCUACAACACUGGCGAUGCGGAGGCUACGGACAUCACCCUCUCAGAUACGAGCUUUGAGGAGGAGAACUCGGGCUUCCAGCUGGUUUCGGGCUUGACCUCGGUCAACUUUGCUUCCCUCACCCCUCAGGCCAAUGUUUCCCACCACGUUGUUGUUCAGGCCGAGUACUCUGGCUACUACAACCUGUCGGCUGCCACCGUUACCUACAAGGCGUCCCCCGAUGCCCAGUCCACCGUGUCGGCCAUCAGCAGCGAGCCCAAGCAGAUUCCCAUUGCGCCCAACGAUGACUUUGCUCGUGCUUUCGAUACUCAUCUGUUUGAGUGGGUGGUGGUCCUCGCGGCGGCUGUCGGCCUGGUUUACUUUCCCUUCAGCAUGUUCCAGGCCAGCGUCGCUGCCUACAAGAAGCAAGAGUAAAGCAAUCUCGGGGUGAUCAUCGAUGCGAUGCGGUCUGACGAGUUUCCGAUGCUCCCCUUCUGUUGUUUUCCAAACCCAUGGGAAACUGUCGAGACUUGUCAUGCCUUCCAAUCCUGUUCACCAGCAGGCGAGAGGUGACAACCUGCCUUGUGAGGCACAUCUACCAAAGUUUGAACAAAAAUAAAAAAGAAUUGAAUACGCUGGCUGAGACCAGGUACACAAACCU